UUGUAAUAUAUCUACCUACCUACCUAUAUACCAUAAUGUCUGAACCAUCCACUGCCUCCCUCACGCGCCUGCCGAGCCCUUCGAGAAUCAAGGCCGAACACCACAUUGUCCUCGUCGACCACACUGUCCCCCUCGCACGGAACCGCUCCAAUCUCUCCUUCGAUGCUGAACCCAGUGACAGUGAGGCCUCAGUCGGCACGCCUGCCCCGGGUUCCCUCUACAAGCGUAUGACCAACACCUCCACUGGCCUGCGACAGACUGCCCGCAAUACCUACAACAAGCAAAAGUACGCCCAAUAUGGCCAGGAUCGCUACCAUGUCGAGGAGCCUGCACACUCGUCCACCGACGACGACGUCAAACCUGGUGACGUGCCAGAGUCGGUGCAACAGGCCACAGCGAGGCAGAAGAGCAUGGUCACCCGCGCGCAGUCAAGCCUGCAGGCUAGGAAGAACAAAUUGUUGAAGAAGAAGAAGAAUCUGGGCAAAGCAGACGAAAAAGAUGUAGUCGUGGAUGUGCUGUACGAGAACCAGCGGGGCAUGUUUCUCUUCGGCAUACCCAAAUACUCUUCUGCUUCGCUCCUUCCCAGCGACCCCAAGCCAUGGCAGAAUGCCCAGUUCCGCACUGCCGCUGUGGAUAUACGCAAUGCCCAGGUGCCCGAUCCGAGCUGGCAGUGGACGUGGAAGAGCUGGUACGUGGAAAUGAGCCGCGACGUGGAUGAAGAGGGAUGGGAAUACAGCUUUGCCUUUGCGGGAAAGCAGGCACAAAAGUUUGCCUGGCAUGGCAACCACCCAUGGUUUCACAGCUUCGUGAGGAGGAGACGUUGGCUGCGGAUGAGGAAGCGGAAGGACACUGUGCAUCGAACGCAAGAGAGAGCCCACGAGCUGACCUCGGAUUACUUCACUAUUCACCCGAGGACGGUUCGCGAUGAUGACUUGGAGGGAACGAGUCAGUUGGUGCACUCCAGAGCCAGACGGGAACAGGAAGAGAUCAACGUGGAGAACAUGGAGAUCUUCACCAUCGCAGACCUCUUCUUGGCUUUGCGCAAGUCCACUGUAGACAGAGAGAAGAUCCAAGCGAUCAGGAAGUUUACUGGCGGCGCCGGCGACGAACUGUACUACCUCAGCGAAUCCAUGGAGGACAUUAUGAAAAAUUUCAUGUUCCAGGCUUCCCGGCGACAGCUCUUGCACGACCUGAUUGCCCGGCACGAUCAGCUGCGUGCAGAGCAGGAUGAAUUGGAAUCGCACGAUCACAAGGACGAAGAGGCAAAGCAGGAAGAGCACGAUCGGAAUGCAAGACACGUCAGCAAUCUUCACAAGGCCAUUCAUGCCGCUGAGAAGCAGGUGAAGAAGCUGGAAUUCUACUCAGACAUUAAAGACUUUGUUGAUGAUGGUGAGCAAGAAAAAGAAGAAGGACACACUGAACCGCCCUUCAAGAACAAACAGCCGGCGAGCGCCGAAGCUCCUGUGCCGUCAGGGAAUGAGGCUUCUCUCUUGUCACCACGGUCCGGAGCUCCUCCAAUACCAAUGCGAACCACAAGUAGUAAUUCGAUCGCCUACGAUGACCUCGACACGGCCGCACCAAGCCAGCAUCGGGACGUGUGGUUCGAUACGUCCUCGAAGCUGACCAGAAGCUCCAAGGGUAAAGAAAGCACUUCCGCAGGAGACACAGAGUCCGAUCGCUUCCUGGAAGCCCACGAAUACAAUGAAGAGAACGCAUCACAAUACAGCAAGAAAUCCAAAGCGUCAAAGGGCAGAUCACGUGCGCUCGGCCUCGAUGGAGUCGCCGAAGAAAUCGAAGCCGAAGCAGAAGAAGCUCAUGACGCGAUCGAUGCACGGCUGAUAUCUCAGUCUGCAGGCGGGAAGCAGAAUGGCAAAGCAAACCGGCAGAGUGUGCAGAUUGUCGAGCCGAUCGCGAUUGGCAACUCUUCCGACGGCGGCAAUACCGACAGUGAAGAGGACCCAGACGAAGCAACGAAGUCUCCGAUUGACAGGGAGGCUGCAAAAACACCUGAUAGUGUGAGGAAGUUCUUGACAGAGAUGAGGAGACCGAAGAACUGGAUUGACCAAGCUUUUGGUUGAGCAACAGACGUACGCUUGCAUAUACUGCAUUCAAUAGCUGUGGUCGUGCAGGAGACGGGCUGGCAUUGGAAUUAGCGAUGGCGUUUUUAUGGGCAAGCACGAUACGACCUAUUUCUGAGCUUUGGGAACGGAAGUUCUGGUAUGGCACUCAUUCAAAGUGUACCUAUACUGUAUGUAUGGAGGAUAAUCGUGUAAUGG